GGACAGACAUUUCAUUGUGUGUUUGUGUUACAGUUUACUCAUACAAUUGUUAUGUAAAAUAUAUGCUGUAAUAGCCGUCCCAUUACGCGAGUACGGGCGGUCUACCUGUGCGCUGACCGACCAUUGAUACAAUAUGAAUGACCAAAGUAUUGAUCCAGGUGCUAUUAUAGCUAUAAUAGUAGGCUCGCUUAAUUUUAUUAUAUUGGGCUUGGUCAUAUACUUGUAUAUAAAUAAUAAGCGCCGCCAUAGAGAAACUGACCCGGAACUUAAUGAUGGACAUCAUAUUAGACGUGACAAUGAUAUGUCAAUAGAUGGCAAGCUAGACAUCAACGACAACGGCACGUGGCGUACAAACAGUUUCCGGAGCGAUACGUCCACAGUGAACCCUGCUGAAUCUGAGCACGAUAAACCUGUCCAGGUCAAAGAUGUCUACUAUCGGCAAACUUUUCCCGUUGUUCAGCACCAGGAUAGCGCCGACUAUUCAGUCCCUGUCGAGACCACUACACUAGACCCCCAGGUCGGCCAUAUUAUCAAAAAUAACCUUGAACAAAUGGCCGUUCACCAUGAACAGUUUGAUGGCCCCGCUGAUGAUGACCUACGUGGCUAUAAUUACGAGGGAGGGGGCAGUACGAUUAGCUCGCUCAGUUCACUGGGGUCCGGGUUCAGUGACGGGGAACAGGACUUUGAGUAUACCCUGAGUAGGUUAGGGCCCAGGUUUGCCGCGUUGGCCGAUAUUUACUCCGAUGGCAGUUAUUCGUGAUUUAUUUUAUUUCGUAAACAGUAUUUAUGUGUACCUAGCACAGUUCCGUAUGAUAUAUUUAUGUGAUUAAUUUUAACGAGUCAGC